GUCACGCUGCAGACAUACGCGGAGACGAACAGCUCCUGUGACAUAAAGCGUGCGUGUGCGUGGGUACAGGGCUGAUGUGCCUGGGGAGAGCUCGGAUGGAAUUCCCCGUUCUUCGUGGCUGUGGUGUACAAACGCGGGAACUCGUGAAGUGACCCGCAGCUGGAGCAUCAGACGCUGGACUGGGCAGAGCAAAGAGCUGGCAGGACUAGUGAGAGUGAGGGAGCAUGGACGACCCGGGCGCCCAGAGCAGCCUGCAGAGGAAGAAGCCCCCAUGGCUCAAAGUGGACAUCCCCACCAUCCCAGUCAUGCCUGACCAAGGACCAACCAGCUCUCAGCCUCUGAAGUAUCUACGCAGUGUGAGCAUGCCCACAGCACCCCCCCAAACAUGCACCGCUUUGGAACCUCCCGCACACCUCCUCCGAUCCUCUUUGGAACGCCUUCCCUCCAUCACUCUCUCCAUCAAGAGGGUGCGAUUUAAGCGGGUGAACACAGUGCCCCCUAAAGGCCAGCGGGGGGCGAGGCGGGUGGCGACAGUCCGGAGGCGCUCCUGUGUGCCCAAAAUACAGACAAGGAGGCGAUCUUCUAUACCCAAACAGAUUAUGAGGGGCACGGCGGACUGGUUCGGGGUGGGUAAGGACAGCGACAGCAGCACCCAGAGAUGGAGGAGGAGGAGCCUACAGCACUGCAGCCACCUGUACGGAGGCCUGAAGGCGCAGGUGAUCAGGGACAUGAUGGUGAUCAGGGACAUGUCGGAGCUCCGCAGUCAGGACGACCUCUCCCUGGCCAGCACCGAGACCCCUCCCCCCCUGUACCUCCAACCGCCCCCUCACCCCUCCCACCAGCGCGAGGGCAUGCAGCGGAUAGUUGACCCUCUGGCACGGGGGCGGGCCUUCAGAAUGACGGAGGAAGUGGACGGCCUCGGAGUCCCGCAGACGCCCGUGACCCCGGGGACCGCCUCCCUCUGCUCCUUCUCCAGCUCACGCUCCAACCUCAACCGGUUACCACGGCGACGCAAGCGUGAAUCUGUCGCUGUCAUGAGCCUCAAGGCCGCAGCUGCACUCAUGAAGGGUCGCACUAUAGGUGAAGACACGGCCGGCAGAUGUCGCAAGCGGAGUUUCAUGCCCCCUAGUUUCUGUGAGGAUGACACUGUGGACUUCCCUGAUGACUUGGAUACUUCAUUCUUCGCCAGAGAGGGUCUGCAUGACGAACUGUCCAGUUAUGUUGAUGAAGUUUUCGAAACUCCAUCUGAGGCCAACAUCAACCAAACAGAAGAGACCGAGCUGACCGGGAGCCCCCUCGACCGCACUGCGCUGGAGAGAAGUCACCUCAUGCUGCCUCUAGAGCGAGGAUGGAGGAAAGCUAAAGAUGGCUCCUUGGUGCAGCCUAAAGUGCGAUUAAAACAGGAAGUGGUGAGCUCCGACCCGCGACAGAGAGGGCAGAAGAUCGUGGUACCGGUGAAAAAGCUAUUCGCCAAAGAGAAGCGUCCGUACGGGCUCGGCAUUGUGGGAAAACUCACCAACCGCACUUAUCGCAAACGCAUCGACAGCUACGUGAAGAGGCAGAUCGAGGAUAUGGACGAUCACAGGCCUUUCUUUUCCUACUGGAUCACAUUUGUGCAUUUGCUCAUCACGGGGUUGGCUGUCACCAUCUAUGGAAUCGCUCCGGUGGGAUUUUCACAACACGAAACUGUCGAUUCUGUAUUGAGGAACAAAGGAGUGUAUGAGAAUGUUCGAUUUGUGCAACAGCAGAACUUUUGGAUUGGUCCCAGCUCAGAAGACUUAAUCCAUCUAGGUGCUAAGUUUUCUCCGUGUAUGCGCCGAGAUGAGGAGAUCUACAGUCUGAUGCAGGAGAAGAAGGAGAAGGAGAGAGAGUCCGGAUGCUGUGUGAGAAACGAUCGCUCUGGAUGUCUGCAGACUUCUCAAGAGGAGUGCUCGAGUACUUUAGCAGUGUGGGUGAAGUGGCCUCAACACCCCAGCGCUCCCUAUCUGAAUGGUAAAGCGCGGCGGUACGGGGCAGUCUGCCAUCAGGAUCCCAGGAUUUGCCUGGAGCCGGCGUCGGUAUCACCUCACGAGUGGCCUGAUGACAUCACCAAGUGGCCAGUUUGUACAAAAUAUAACACUGGGAAUCACACCAAUCUUCCACACAUCGACUGCACCAUCACAGGCCGGCCCUGCUGCAUCGGAACUAAAGGACGAUGUGAAAUUACUUCCAGAGAGUACUGCGAGUUCAUGCACGGAUACUUCCACGAAGAGGCCACUCUCUGCUCACAGGUGGCGUGCAUGGAUGACGUGUGUGGUCUUCUGCCUUUUCUCAACCCGGAGAUCCCAGACCAGUUCUCCAGACUGUGGCUCUCGCUCUUCCUUCACGCCGGGAUCCUGCAUUGUCUGGUGUCAGUGCUGUUCCAGAUGACCGUGCUCAGGGACCUGGAGAAGCUCACCGGCUGGCUGCGUAUCUCCAUCAUCUACGUACUCAGCGGAAUCACCGGCAAUCUGGCUUCGGCCAUCUUCUUACCUUACAGAGCAGAGGUGGGGCCUGCGGGGAGUCAAUUUGGGAUCCUGGCCUGUCUGUUUGUGGAGCUGUUCCAGAGCUGGCAGAUUCUAGAGAGGCCUUGGUGUGCCUUUGCUAAGCUGCUGGCCAUUUCAGUCUUCUUCUUCUCCUUUGGUCUCCUGCCGUGGAUCGACAACUUUGCGCACAUCUGUGGUUUUGUAUCCGGGUUCUUCCUAUCCUUUGCUUUCCUGCCAUACAUCAGCUUUGGUCGCACAGACAUGUACCGCAAGAGGAUCCAGAUCUGUAUUUUCCUGCUCAUCUUCCUGGGCCUACUGUCCUCCCUGGCUGUCCUCUUUUACAUCUACCCCAUCAAGUGUGACUGGUGCGAAUACCUCACCUGCAUCCCCAUCACGGACAAGUUCUGUGAGAAGUACGACCUCAAUGCCCACCUGCUCUGAGUUUGACUUUUGACCUAUAACCUCAGGGCGGGGACAACAUCUGCAGGAUGAGAACAUGCAGCUACUGCUCAGACUGUUGUUAGACUGACUUUACAUUUUCAUAGUUGUUAUGGUAUUAUGAAGAACACAUUAAUGUGUACAUUAAUGUUAAUAUGCACUGACUGUUUAAAGGAAAACAGAGAAGUUGCACGAGAAAGUAAAUAAUGAACGAUGAGUGUGAUCAGUUAGCAGCUGGUCUAUCUCUUACAAAACACUGCCCUCUAGCGGUGAAAAGGGCAUCGAACGCUUAAGUAAUUUUGCAUUUAAUCCUUUGGGCAGGCCUGUUUACUGUAUAAUGUGCCUUCCAAAUUAUUUGUAUGCACUUAAUGUUGUGUUAAACCACGUAGCCUAACUUUAAAGCACAUUGGUGGAUGUAGCCUAUUUUCUUUACUGUCUGGUACAAAGUGAAUAUAGUUUUAGUUACAAAUUUUGUAUGUGUUUUUGUAAUGAAGGCAAUGCAUAAUUAUGGUUGCGUUUUAGCUACCUUUUAUUAAACACAA